CCCCUCCCAAUCAUGUGAUUCAGGUGUUCCAAUCCCCUCCAUGGACACAGGUGCAUGCAUGAGACGGCUUCUACAAACAUUGGUGAAAGAAUGGGUCGCUCUCAGGAGCUCAGUGACUCCAAGCGUGGUCCCGUGAUAGGUGGCCACCUGGGCAAUAAGUCCAUCCGUGACAUUUCCUGGCUACUAAAUAUUCCACGCUCAACUGUUAGUGGGAUUAUAACAAAGUGGAAGCAACUGGGAACAACAGCCACUCAGCCACCAAGUGGUAGGCCACGUCACAUGACAGGGCGGGGUCAGCGCAUGCUGAAACGCACAGUGCGCAGAAGUCACCAACUGUCUGCAGAGUCAAUAGCUAAAGACCUCCAAACUUGGUGUGGCCUUCAGAUGAGCCCAACAACAGUGCGUAGAGAGCUUCAUGGAAUGGGUUUCCAUGGCCAAGCAGCUGCAUCCAAGCCUUCCAUCACCAAGUGCAAUGCAAAGCGUCGGAUGCCGUGGUGUAAAGCACGCCGCCACUGGACUCUA